AUGGGCCAGCAGAACCUAAUUACAUCCUUCAUCUGGAUCCACAUCACAUGCGACUACAGCGCUUCCGCCACAACCGAUAUGGAACUCCUCAAAACCGCCAAAGAUCUAAUCUACAGAGGGUACUGGGUCUCCUCCGUUUCGGAAACCAAGGCGACUGUUGCUCCUGUUCUAUCUAUCAGCUACGGAGCCCCUUUAAUGUUGCGGAAGACGAGAGAAUUAAAGUAG